UUGAUGUUCCAUACGGUGCUGGUGAGCAGCAACUUGCUCAUUGCUGGAGGCUGCUUCCUCUUUUUCAUGGGUUUGGUUGGCUGUUGUGGCACUUUGAAGAAGAAAAGCUGGAUGUUCUUGGCGUUCUUCUUCACUGUGCUCAUCAUCUUCAUUCUUCAGGUCAUUUGGGCAGUGUUCAUUCUCCUCCCCAAUUCUUUGAAAGAAAAAUCAUUGAGCACAUUAGAAACAAAAGUUGUUGAGAGCACUGAAAAGAACUAUGAACCAAACAUUCCGUUCAUUAGCAUAUGGGAUGAAACUAUGAAUAAGGAAAAAUCAUCAUAUCCCACGCAAAGCUUUGAUAGAGAUUCAGAAACACCAUGUGAAAAAGAAGAAGCUGUGCACAAAGGAGUGAGGGGCUGCUAUCAAGUGUUAUCGGAAGAAAAUAUACCUGCAUCUGGAGCUUUGUCCUUUCUAAUGGGCAUUAUAGAGAUUGUUGCAGUGGUUGUUUCCCUGAAAGUCUAUCAAUGCUUGAAGCACUUACCUUCUUUCCCAGAUUGACAUCUUUGAAAGUCAUCUGUGCUGUAUUGUGUUGUGCUGUGAUAAACGUGAACUAACAAGGAAC